CCGACCUUCCCCAAAACAUCUCCAUGCAUCCAUGCGCGCAUGCACCUCCUCGCUCGUCGAGUCGAUCAAUAAACGGCUUCCUAUUCCGAUGCUGUUGCGAAUUCGGCUUUCCGAAACUCGUCGCGCGCUGGCACUACGAAAUCUUGAUGCGAUCUCAUCUGACGAGGAUAUAAGAAUCGACUCGCGAGUCGCGAGACUACGCCCGCGCGCCGCCGUGUCCUUGCCGCGUGUGCAUUUCUGCUGCUGUCUAGAACGCCGGCGGCCAUGGCGAUGUCGUCGGCGCUGCCAACGUCCGCCCUGAGCUCCCUGGAGGCGAUGCUCCACUCUCUGAUGCGAGGAUCAGGAUCAGGAGGAGGAGGAGCGGGGGGCGGCGACGACGACGACACGCCCAUCGACGACACCCUCGCCUCGCCGCCGCCGCCACUUCCCGCGCGGCCGACUCCGCUAGGCCGGCACCCUUCUCUACCGCGGCGCAGAGUCCGGGUCCAAGCCGCCGUGGGACCAUCGUCGGAGCCUCCGUCGUCGCCGUCCCCUCCUCCGUCGUCGCCGUCGCCGUCCCCUAUUGAGGAACCGGAAGACGCGAGGAUGGCGACGGAGGACGUUUCGUCCUCGGUGGUGGAGGAGCUGGAGAGGAAGGCGGCGGAGGUCGAGGCGCGGCUGCGGGAGAAGGAGGAGGAGAACGCGGCUCUGAAGCGGCGGAUCGAGAGCUACCACAUCCGGUGGCUGGAGUACGAGAUCAGGACCAAGUCCCUGGAGGAAGCCUUCCAUGAACAGAUGGCCGCUCUGCAGAUGGCUCAGGACGCUGCACGAAUGGCGGAAGAGACAGCGUACGACCGCCGCGGACCCUCGGAACCCUACACGGAGACGACGGCAGCCGAGGCGGAGCCGGUGGUGAGGCUGUGGCACGGCCGGGACCGUCUGUCGUCCGUGGGCGCCAGGCGGAGCGCGGUGAACCGCCUCGGCUCCGAGUUCCGGCGGCAGAGCCGUACGCUGGAUCGCGCCGUCGAGCCGAUGCCGGGGCCGGGGCAGCCGGCCGCCAUCUCCGCCGAUGAUCUCAAGAAGCUCAAGGCGCAGUUCCGCGCGUGGGCCAAGGACUACAAGGCCCGGCUGCGCAGGGCCCAGGCCGAGAUCGACAAGGACAGACGCCGUAGGGGCAGCUGCUGGAUUUGAACGAUUCAUCUAUCCCUAAUAAUAAAGACUGGAGUUUUUUUCGUC